AUGAGAUUGGCGAUGGAGAUACUUGAGAUCGACGAUGGAGAAAAUAAGAUCCAAGAUUACAAAAUGGCUUCUUCCUCUAGUAACAAUAGCAACAUAAGAUUGAAACCAAGAUUGUGUGAUUGUGGGAGAACAACUGCCAUGCACAUUGUUCGAACCAAUCAAAAUGGAAAUAAAGGGCUUGUGUACUUUAUUAAUAAGGAACACUGCAAUUACUUCAAGUUUGCAAAUGAUGAUGAUGACGACGUGAUUUCCAAUGCUGCACCUCGUAAAUUUAUAAAAAGCCAAGAAUUUAACGAUCUAAGCACAAGGGCUUAUGAGAUGGAUAAUGAAUUUCAGGAGCAUGAUAGAAGGCUUCAAAGGAUGGAGAAGAAAUUGAAUGUCGUGCUUUAUGUCAUUGUUUUUGAUGGGCAUGGAGGAAAGCAUGCAGCUGACUUCGCAUGCAGCCAUUUGCCGAGAUUCAUAAUUGAGGAUGAAGACUUCCCAAAGGAAGUUGAGAGGGCUGUUACAUCAGCGUUUCUAUAA